AUGGCAGAACUAGACACUCUGGACAUCCUCGUCCUGGGGCUGAUCCUCCUCGGUACCGUUGCGUACUUUACCAAAGGCAAGCUCUGGGCUGUCGCAAAAGAUCCCUACGCGACCUCCUUUGCCAAUGGCAGCGCGGCCAAGGCCGGAAAGACCAGGAACAUCUUGGAGAAGCUGGAAGAGAGUGGGAAGAAUUGUGUCAUCUUCUAUGGAUCGCAGACCGGAACCGCCGAGGAUUACGCCUCCAGACUUGCCAAGGAGGGCAAGAGCAGGUUCGGCCUGGAGACUAUGGUAGCCGACCUGGAAGACUACGACUUUGACAACCUCGACACCAUCCCCAGCGAUAAGAUCGUUAUGUUCGUUCUUGCGACCUACGGUGAGGGUGAGCCCACGGACAACGCAGUCGACUUCUAUGAGUUUGUCACCGGCGAGGACGUGCAGUUCUCCGAGAGCAAAGAACCCGCCCUGGAAAACCUCAACUACGUCGCAUUCGGCCUGGGCAACAACACAUACGAGCACUACAACUCCAUGGUCCGUAAUGUGGACAAGGCCCUCAGUAAGCUUGGCGCACACAGGAUCGGAGAGGCCGGCGAGGGUGACGAUGGCGCCGGUACCAUGGAAGAGGAUUUCUUAGCCUGGAAAGAGCCCAUGUGGACCGCGCUGUCCCAGAAGAUGGGCUUGGAAGAACGUGAAGCUGUCUAUGAGCCCAUCUUCAGCAUUACCGAACGCGAGGGCCUCACAAAGGACUCGCACGAGGUCUAUGUCGGAGAGCCGAACAAGAUGCACCUGGAGGGCACAGCCAAGGGUCCUUUCAACGCACACAACCCUUACAUCGCCCCCAUCGCCGAGUCCUACGAACUGUUUUCUGUCAAGAAUCGCAACUGUCUGCACAUGGAGGUCGACGUCAGCGGCUCCAACCUGUCCUACCAGACCGGCGAUCACAUCGCCGUGUGGCCUACCAACCCCGGCGCAGAGGUCGAUCGCCUCUUGUCCAUCCUUGGCCUUUCUGACAAACGCGACACCGUCAUCAGCGUCAAAGCGCUGGAGCCUACAGCCAAGGUACCUUUUCCCACGCCCACGACAUUCGAUGCCAUCCUCCGCUAUCAUAUGGAAAUCAACGCCCCUGUCUCGCGUCAAUUCCUGGAUACCCUCAAGGCCUUCGCCCCGGACGAGGAGUCCAAGGACGAAAUGACAAAGCUUGGCGGUGACAAGGACUACUUCCAUGACAAGGUCAGCACGCAGAAUCUCAACAUCGCACGCGUGCUGGAGCGUGUCGCCAAGGGCAAGCAGUGGACCGGUAUUCCUUUCUCAGCUUUCAUCGAAGGUAUCAACAAGUUGCAGCCACGCUACUACUCCAUCUCCUCGUCCUCGCUAGUCCAGCCCAAGAAGAUCUCUAUUACUGCCGUUGUCGAGGUGCAAGAGCUCCCCGGGCGAGAGGAUCCCUUCCGCGGCAUUGCCACCAACUAUCUCCUGGCUCUGAAGCAGAAACAGAACGGCGAUCCCAACCCGGAGCCUUUCGGACAGUCAUACGAGCUCCACGGUCCCCGCAACAAGUACGAUGGCAUUCACGUCCCGGUCCAUGUUCGCCACUCCAACUUCAAGCUCCCGUCUGAUCCUUCCAAGCCCAUCAUCAUGAUCGGACCUGGUACUGGUGUCGCUCCCUUCCGUGGCUUCGUGCAGGAGAGGGCUAAGGAGGUUGAGAAUGGUGCCGAAGUCGGCAAGACGAUCCUUUUCUUCGGUUGCCGGAAGCGUUCUGAGGACUUUAUGUAUGCGUCCGAGUGGGAGCAAUAUAAACAGACCAUGGGUGACAAGUUCGAGAUGCACUGCGCGUUUUCGAGAGAGGGCCCCAACAAGGUUUACGUGCAGCACCUACUCAAGCAACAGGGCAAAAUCAUCAACGAUCUCCUGGAGCAGAAGGCCUACUUUUAUGUGUGCGGUGAUGCCGCCAACAUGGCUCGUGAAGUAAAUGCCGUCCUAGUGCAAAUCAUUGCCGAACACAGAGGCAAGUCAGAGGCCAAGGCAGAGGAAAUUGUGAAGAACAUGAGAGCUGCAAACCAGUACCAGGAGGACGUUUGGUCAUAGAAGAGACGUUUUCGUUCCCUGAUUCUUAUCUGCAGCCAAGCGAAUGGAAUUUCGUGCAGAAACCACAGCGACACGUUUUGCGUGCAUGGGAAGGGGGGGGGGGUUGUCAUUUUGGAAUACAGGAGUCCUGGCGGGCAUCAUGUGCUACUCUUGAGGUUUUCUUAGAAGGACAUUCAUCCAAUUUUGACCCAGGGAGAUGCCCAAUAUAUUGCCGGUAAAAUGUCUAUACAAUCAGUGGAUCAGUUUGUUCUUGUGCGGUGCUGUCUACGAGCGACGGAAAUCUUUUCGAGGAAAUGGAGACGUUCUUUUGUAAAUCAUAACCCGCAGCAUCUACUCCCAGCUAGCCCAA